CGUUGUCGACAACUUUGAGGAAAACCACCUGUCAUCAAGCUCGUCUCCUCCACCACCACCUCCUCCUCCUCAGCGCAACCACAACCACCGAAAAAUCGCUACCGACGAAAACAACACGCGAGUCUCGAGUGUUUAUCGACCAAAGAUAACGCUUUCGAACAGCCUUCCCUUGCGUCAUGUCAGGGAUGUAUAAUUCUCACCGUGGGAUGGUAGCCGCGCCGUCCCGCCUUAAUGAGCUGUUGGAUCAAGUACGGGCCGAGUUCGAAACACAGCAAGUUCGGAAUGGGGACUAUGAGCUUAAAAUCCAGCAGCAGGUCCAGGAGAUGGACGUGAUCAGGCAGACGGUCUUCCAGCUCGAGGCUGCGCAUACCGCUAUGAAACAAAAGUACGAGGACGAAAUCGCACGACUCACACGUGAAUUGGAUGCGCGUGGCGGCGCCCACGGUCAUGGUGGUGCGCCACCACCGCAGCCAGCGCCUCCUUCCAUAGGGCACGGACCCAGGGAUCUCUUUGGCGGUAUAAUGUCGGGUCAGGGUGGUCAAAAUGGCCCGGGCCUCGCGCCCCCGCAACCUCAGGACCAGCAACAGCAGCAGCAACAGCAACAGCAGCAACAUAUCCCACCGCCGCCUCCGGUGGCGGUCCAGCAAUUGCCGCCCAAUCAACCUCCCCAACAGCCCCAGCCCGUCCCGGGGUACGCACAAGGAUCGUUCAUGAACGGCUACGGAACACAGCCGCCCCUGCCGACCGCGUCUCCUGGUGCGAAGCGCUCUCGCCCGCCUCCAGGUCCCGGUACACCACAGCAGAACCAGUCCCAAGGUCCCUACCAGGAUCCUCGCGCGUCUCCGCAGGUUGCCCGCCCUAGUCCCGUGCCCGCGUUACCGUCGGUCGGCAACAACCUUGCCGAUCUCAAUCUCGAUCACAUGCCUCCGGGUCAGAAGAAGGAAGGAUCGGACUGGUUUGCGAUCUUCAACCCCAGGGUACCGCGGAUGUUGGAUGUCGACCUGGUUCACACACUCGAGCACCACAGUGUGGUCUGCUGUGUGCGAUUCAGUCAGGAUGGAAAGUACAUCGCUACCGGUUGCAAUCGCAGCGCUCAAAUCUUCGACGUCCAGACUGGCCACAAGGUUACGCAAUUGCAGGACGAGACGGUAGACAGGGACGGUGACUUGUACAUCCGUAGUGUCUGCUUCAGCCCCGACGGAAGGUAUCUGGCUACCGGUGCCGAAGACAAGCAGAUCAGAGUCUGGGACAUUCAAAACCGUGUGAUACGGCAUACCUUCCACGGUCACGAGCAAGACAUCUACUCCCUCGACUUUGCCCGCAACGGUCGGCAUAUCGCCUCCGGCAGUGGUGACAGAACCGUACGGGUGUGGGAUAUCGACUCAGGUCAGAACGUGCUCACUCUGAGCAUCGAAGACGGUGUCACGACUGUUGCCAUAUCUCCCGACGGAAAACUGGUUGCGGCCGGCUCUCUCGACAAGAGCGUGAGGGUCUGGGAUGCGCAUACCGGAUAUCUGAUUGAGAGACUGGAAGGUCCCGACGGCCACCGGGAUAGUGUUUAUAGUGUAGCAUUCUCCCCCAACGGCCGAGAGUUGGUCUCGGGCAGUUUGGACAAGACCAUUAAGAUGUGGGAAUUGCACACCACAAGAAACGUGCCCAACAUCACCGGUACCACUCGUGGCAAGUGCACCAAGACCUUUGAGGGACACAAGGACUUUGUGCUCAGUGUAGCGUUGACUCCUGAUGGAAAAUGGGUGCUCAGUGGCUCGAAAGAUCGCGGUGUGCAGUUUUGGGAUCCCGUCACCGCAAGUGCUCAACUUAUGCUUCAGGGUCACAAGAAUUCCGUUAUCUCAGUUGCACCGAGCCCUACAGGUGGACUGUUCGCAACAGGAAGCGGCGAUAUGCGUGCUCGUAUCUGGAGGUUAGUGCCACCCAACUCCCUUUCCCCCUUCAGCUUUCCCAACACUUUGGAGAUGCCGCCGUCACAUGCUCUCUCGGAUGGAUUUUUUCUUUCUUCCCUGAGCCUGCCUGCCUGGCAUCCCCUUACCCCGCAAACUGCAAACGGUGGUGAAUGCGCAGAUCUAGUCUCUGCCUCGUAAUCCCAUCCCACACCCACCCUACCCCCACAAAAAGAUGCAUACGCACCCCCACGCAUACCCCGUCAUGCAUUCCAUAUGCCAUCCCGCUGCUGCUAGUUAAGGUUCAAUGCUGACGUGCUUUUUU